AUGAAGAGUUUUUUCAAAGUCGCAAGAGAAAGUGAAAAAAAAGACAAUGAUGAAAAAGACACAAACGAAAAAGAAGUAGAAAAAAAGAACACUUCAAAUUUCAAUCUUAGUUUGGUAGCAUCUGCUUUUUCUUCGAUACUUGAAAGUCCAGUG